AUGAGACGAGGUAAAACAGGGGGAGGAGCCGGCGUCGGCCUCAGUCCCGCCCACCGGAGGCCCGACGGACUGGACCCGCAACCCGACCCUUACCGCCGAAAAGCUACCCGAAAACACCACCACAGCCGCCCAAAACGAGGAGAAACGUCAUGCUGGAGAAGACGAACUCUUCAGAGGAAAGAAAUGCAGAAGCCAUGCAUGGGUCGGUCAUCUCCGCAAGUGAUUGGAGCACCGGCUGAAAGGAGGCGGCCGAAAAUGGAAGACGACGUGUGUUUGAAGGGAGGAUUUGGCGGCAUGAUCCCUCUAACCUUCAUCGUCGCCUCCUCCCAAGAUGCCUUACAGUCGGACAAAGCGCUCGCACCAAAGAUUUUAAGUGUCCUGGGCACUCCUUCCUAA